AUGUUUGGUAACUCUUGUUAGUUGACUAUUAGCAGUUAAAGCCUGGAACUUGCUACUUCAGGUAUUAAUUUGCCAACAUAAUUUUUUUCUCCUAUUUAAUUCCUUUUCAGAUCCGACUAACCAUUUUAUACUUGGCAAUUUGUCACAUGUUUACUUAGUCUUAGAAGAAUAUCAAACAGCUCUGGAUUAUGCUGAUAGAGCUUGCAAGAAAAUACCAAAUUGGGAAAAGGUUGGCAAUGAAACAGUAAAAAUUAAAUAUUGGCUAACUCCACCAUUAUUACCAUAACCGUAGACGGAUUUUCUCGGGGGAAGGGAGGGGGGGGGGGAUUUAGGCAGGCAAGCAAGUUGCAGCAGGGGCCUGGAGGCACAGUCGAUAGUGGGAACAGGAUUGUGGUAAGGAAACUUUGACAUUUUAACAUUUUUGGUCUUAUUUUAAGUUCAAAAUCCUUGUUUCAACCAGCGUUUAAUUUUUGGGGGGGAUACCAAUUUCUCUAGGUGUGUGUGGGGGUGUUCUGAGGGAGUGCAAAAUAUUCACAUGGUCACAACAAUGGGUAAAUUCAAUAUAGUGCUCCCCUAAUAAAAAAUAUACCAAUGUGUAUAAAGUGCUCGAAAAAUAUUGAAGCUGUAGUAGCAUGAUCACAAAAUAAUGCAGUUUGUUUUAAAUACUUACAGGUACAGUGUAAGUAUAAAUCUAUAUUUUAGGGAUUUUAUCGCAAAGCUCAAGCUUAUGUUGGUCUAAAGAACUACUCCCAAGCAGCUGUUUGGUUUCUCAAAGUUCUUCUUGUUAAUCCACAAAAUGACAUAGCUCACAAAUCUUUGACCAAGGUACUGUUUAUUUUGCAUAAAAAUUAUAUGGCAUAUUUUACGUAUUUGCACACAUAUUAUACUAACGCGAUGUAGAAGCUUUGUCACAUAAUAGAUACAGGACCAGAAGUGUCACUCAGACGAUAUUUUGUCCGAAAUUUUACGAGUGCUGACGUGAAAAUACGCCAUCCUGGAGUGCACACGGAAGUUUUUCAUAGGAAAACAUAGGUACAAAGUGCCGGGUGCACUCCAGGAUGGCGUCAUAGCACGCAAAAAAAUUUCGGACAUUUUCCUUCAGCCAAAACACAUAGGAGUGACACUUCUGGUCCGGUAUCUAUUCUGUGGCUUUGAUGAAAGCAUAGACGAAAGCAUAGACGAAAGAGACUGGGUACGAGGUUGAAGCAUUGAACUAUAAAUAAACUGGAAGGCUAACUGCUAUGAUGAAGGCCUAUGAUUUGAUGAAGCCGAAAUAGUUUUUCUGAGUUAUGAGCAGAAAUACUUGACCCCAAACGUUGGGCUAUAUAUCAAAUUGAAGCUAUUGAAAAUUGCUAUUCGGUGUGGAAAUUUCAAGACUUCAGCGAAAAGAAAAAUAUUUAAAAAAUACAAAAACAACUGCAAAACGGCAAAUUUUCGGUAAUUAUGUUUGUAAUUUUUCAAUAUUUCCCUUUUAGCUAAAAUCUUGAAAUUUCUGCACCAAAUAGCGUUUUUCAAUAGCUUCAAUUUGAUAUAUAGCCCAACGUUCAGUGUAACGUUGAGUAUUUCUGCUCAUAACUCAGAAAAACUAAAAUACACUGGCUUUAAUUUCCCCCCUGAGUUAGCCUUCCAGUUUAUUUAUAGUUCAAUGGGUUGAAGACGUGAUAGGGAACUAGAGGGACCUGCCGUGGGCUGCAAGGAAACAAAGAAAACUGCAAAGUCUAAAAUAUGCAACACCUUAUUCAAAUUUCUCAAUUAUAGGUGUUUGUAGAAGUACUGACAAAGAGUACAAACCCGAGUAGUCAAAAUACUGCUGUGAUUGAUGAUCUCGCUUCAUCUUUGGAUGGUUUAAUUGAGGUUCAUGGAGGUAUUGUGCUGUAA